GUACCGUUAUCGUCAACUAAACGCCGUACAGGUCCUGAUGACUCUAUAAAACCGGAAGUAAAUCCAGCAGGAUUCACCACAAAUUCACCCACUCAACUACUCGCCCUACACUACACCCAGUCCUCUCUCGUACUAUCUAAUCCUUCCAACACCAUCAUGGCCGCCUUGUUCAGGUUCUUCCACUCCGUGUUCGACUGCACGACCAGAGCUUGCCAGAUGACCAUCGUGGAGAGUCACACUGCUCAGCCCAUGGUCCAAAGCCAGGCUGUUGUCCCAGAACCAGCAACAGAGCAGAAGCUGGCCGUGUCACAAGUCCUCGCAGAGCGCCAGACACUGGCAGUAGCCUCGACAACCGUUACAGAACGCCAGACGGCAGUUUCAGAAACCGUUACAGAACUCCAAGUAGUCGCCCCAGCAGCCGUUACGCAGAACCAGCUUCAGAAGGCCGAUGUGCAGGCUAUAAGGCCAGAUGGGGUUAUCGUCCUUGACCAGGCCCAAAUCGCAGACACUGCUGCGGUCACAGCUGGAACACACGUCGGUACUGGCCACGACCCCACGGCCAUCACGAUGGCUGAGGGCACCGUGCGCCUCAGCGGAAAGGCGAAGAUAUCCGGCAAUGCUAGGGUCACUGGCGGUCACUGCAUCGAGGAAACUCUGGACGCGAUGGAGGCUCGCCAUCGUCGCGAACUUGAACAGCUCAGGAUGGAACACGAGUAUAGGAUGGCGAUGCUCAUGAAUGGACAGAGGACGUAGCAACAAGGCUUUUGACUGAACACGCGGCGCGGGCGUCCAAUCCAUUGAUGAUCCACAUCCACUCUUUUCCUUCCCACUUGCUUUUGGGAGAUCACAGUCAUUUCCACUUCAAGGACUCAAGCCCACGGACUUUUCUUGUAUAUAAUCUGCACGCCAAUGUUGUACCUUUAUAGUGUAAUUCAUAAUUCGCAUGCUUC